AACAUGGCGGCGCUUGCUGGAGAGCUGUGGAAGCAUGCUCUUCCAGACCAUGAUAUCUUCAAUAAAAUACGGGAAAAUGUUAAUUUAGAAGAUCAAGUCAUUUCAAAUAAAUUUUCCAAUAAUCUUACCUUCUGUCUAGAUAGAGAUUUCUUCAUCUGGAAUAAUGUAGACAGUGUCUUCUACACAACAAACUUAGGAGAACUUAACUCUGAAGAGGGGCUGAACAGUACAAAAUUCCAGACUUUGAUGUGCGUCAGUCCUCCGCAGUUUGAAGUCCAUGAGGUACUUCUCAGCCCCACUCGGUCGCAGGUCGCCCUCAUUGGUCAGAGGGGCGCUACAGUACUUGAGCUCCCUCAGCGAUGGGGUAAGAAGUCGGAAUUUGAAGGAGGACGUGUUGAGAUCCACUGCAACUCCAUCGUCGUGGCGGAGAGCCUGUUCGCCGGCUCUGUCUCACUGAGUCUCCGGCAGGCUGCCUGGUACCCAGGGGAACCAGAGGAGCCCCACCUGGUGCUUCUGACCUCCGACAACACAAUCAGGUGUUACAGUCUUAAGCAGCCUGAGAGCCCAGCUAAGGUUCUCUGUGUGUCUCAGACAGAAGAUGACAGCUGGACACAUACACGAGGGCGUUCUUAUGCAGCCUCGCUCGGUGAGAUUGCGGUGGCGUUUGACUUUGGGCCACUGGCAGACAGUACUGAACUUCUGUCCAGCCAGCAUGUUACAAGGGAGGUGCUCGUCUACCCCCUGUACAUUCUCUAUGAGAAUGGGGAGACCUAUCUGAGCUACAUCUCUUUAUCCUACAGUGGCGGUAACCUGGGAAAAAUCCUGGGCCCACUGCCCAUGUAUCCUCCAGCUGAGGACAACUAUGGGCACGACGCGUGCACCUUACUCUGCCUACCCUGCUCUCCCAGCAUUCUGGUCAUUGCCACGGAAACAGGCAUGUUCUACCACUGCGUUGUGCUGGAGGCAGAGGACAAGGAGGACGGGGGCGUGGUGGCCAAGUCGUCGAGGGCUGCGGAGACUGUGCCGUCACUCUAUGUGUUUGAGUGCAUAGAGCUGGAGCUCAACCUGACAUCUGGCCCUGUGGAGGACAAGGAAGUCGUGGAGUCAGACUUUACCUGUCCCUUCCGAUUAUACAGCGACCCUCUUUGCCAGCAGAGAUACCACUGUACACAUGAGGCGGGCGUGCAUAGCGUGGGCCUCACAUGGGUCAACAAACUGCACAAGUUCCUUGAGUCUCGAGAAGAGAAUAAAGACAGCCUUCAGGAACUGGCCGCGGAGCAGCGAGGCGUUGUGGAGCACAUCCUGUGCACCAAGCCCCUCAACAGCAGCCCGCCUGCGGCGAUCAAGGGCUUCUGGAUCCUGUCGUACCUCUCCCUGGACGCCUGCAUGAUCUGCAUCACCAGCACUUACCAGUGUCUCCUGCUUCCCCUGCUGAGUGCCAUUCGACCAGCGUCUCCUGCCCUGCUCUGUUCCGUCUCAGAGAGUGGACCGAGGGGUUCUCCCCUACGUGGACUGGCUGAGGACUCAUUUGAGCAGCACAUUCGCAACAUCUUGGCGCGGAGUGCAGCCAAGCCACUUGCUCUCAGGGCAGGAGGGAAGGACGAGGCUCUGCCGGCCCAGGAGUACCUGCAGCUGCUGAGCAGGGCCACCCAGGUGUUCCGGGAGGAGUACAUCCUCAAGCAGGACAUGGCUCGCGAGGAGAUGCAGCGAAGGAUGAAGCUUCUGACCGCCCAGAAGAACAAACAGCUGGAGGACCUGGCACUGUGUAGGGAAGAGAGGAGAAGUCUCCGGGAGACAGCAGAGCGACUGGCUGAUAAAUAUGAAGAUGCAAAGUACCGACAGGAGGCCCUCAUUAACAGAGUGAAGUGCAUCAUGGGCAGCCAGCGUAGCCAGCUCCCAGUGCUGUCCAACAGCGAGAAAGACAUGAUAAAGGAGCUGCAGAACGUCAACAACCAGUUACAUCACCUGAGCAAUGGCGCCAAAGAGGUCAAAAUGAAAAUGGAAUACCAGAAGAAGCAAAUGGAUAAGGGAGUUUCUCAAGCCACAUCAAGUGUAAUAUUGAAUGCUCAGCAACGGAAGCACGUCCAAGGGAUUCUCAAGGAACAGGGAGGGCAAAUCUCGGAUAUGAUGAAGCAGAUAAAGGAUCUCAAGAACCAUUUCGGUUUCUGAAUGUCUGGAAAUUGCCAUUCAUCGUGUAAACAUUGUCAGGACACUGCUCUUGUGAUGGCAGUUCACUGAAGUCGCUACAGCUGGACAUACAAGUCACAUUAUUUGUCGACUCUAACCACUUGCAGCUAUCGCUUUUUUUUUUGAUUGUACAUUCACUUUUGCAGAGAGCUGGUGCUGUUUUUUUUUUUUUUUUUUUUCGCAAAAAAAUUCUAAAGAUUAGAUUACUUGAAAGACAACAAUGGACAUUUUUGAGUUUUGCAAUCUAUUACUUGGAAGGCUUGCAGAUGUUUUUGUUGGAUUUGGGAUAUGGACUCUGGGUCAGAGAGGCAGAUCAGUUUCUAAGCUUUUUAAUAUCACACACCCAAAUAUGCGUCAGAUCCGAUGCCAUGACAGAGAAAAAGACGUUUGUCUUGUCGUCAAAUGUUUUCAGUAUGGGAUCUGUUAACAAUUUUGCUCGUUCCCCAUCCUUCAUGCCCAUCCCUGGCUGCUGAAAAACGAUGGAUGUGGAUGAUGGCUAUGGGAUUACUUGACAGUGAGGAUGGCGCUGCUCGGCUGGGAUGUAGUCUCGUCUCAUCCCCUAACUGUAUCCCUUAAGCCUAAUUAGACGGAGACAUGGCUCAGUGUCGCCUCUCAUCUCGCUCUUAAAGGUGCAGUGGCCAGUGUGUGCAAUUUGUGAGGGAGAUUGUUUUUCAUAACUGCUCCCCUUUUUUUUUUUUUUCCCUGUUUUGUUGACAUCUGCACAAGUGGACUAGUGGUGCUAUUGUAAGCUAAUCCAAAAACAGAAGUGUCAAACACAUACAAGAAGCAUAGAAUGCAUCCGUUCAUUGUCAUUGUAGCUUCAGGAGUUAUGUGUGUUUUUUUCUUGUCUUUUCUUGUCUUUUCUUUGUAUUGCAGUUACACUAAUACUUUAAAUCAAUUUCAUGAAUUGUAUCAUUAUUUUAAUGCAUCACAAUGUGUGAAGAAAGCAACUGAAAACAAUACUUUACGGGGCACAGUAUUUGUGACAGUUAAUAUUACCCGUUUGUUAUCCAAUGUAGAAACUCCUUACGUCAACAAGCAAUUUGUAUAAAAUGUUUUCUAAUUAAGCAUGUCGUGACAUUGUAUGGAGAAAUAUGGUGCUGUGUUGAAUGAAGCAGCUUUUUGAACAUUCUAAUAGAAGAUUCUGUUCCGCAAUAAUGUAAGGUUCUAAAAUUCUAUGUUGAAUUCAGUGAACCCAGAUAUUCUUUAGAACGUUCAAUAUCCAACGUACCAGCAGACGAUUGAUAAAGGAUCUUUGGUACCAGCUUCAGGGUUAAUAGGAAGGAUAGCAGUGUCACCACACUGGUAGUCAGCAGCUCCAGACUUUCACAGUUGUUCCCCUCCUCCUCUUGAAUGUGGAUUGUGAAGAAGAGAAGUCCCAAAUAAGCCUGUGUCUUCCCUUUAA